GCUCAAGUCUUUGUCAAGUCAGGGUCUUUCAAAUUCUAUUUGAAAGACUCUGGUCAAAUAAACAUAAUUCGAAAUACCGUACUUUUGUUUUCUUUGAGACAAAAUAAAGAACUAAGAACAACAUUCUUGUUGAAAUGUUGGUAAUAAAGUUUGUCUCCGUGUCUGGUCUGCUAGCAGUGUUAGCGGUUGUGUUGACGGCUGUGUUGACGGUUGUGUUGGCAGCAGACGAUGACUCGGAUGAUGAUCUCACAUAUGAGGCUAAACUUCUAGACAGAAUGAUACAUAUGGAAACUAGACUGGAACGCUUAGAUAAAACACUGGAGGCAACAAAGACAAUCAUUAAAACUACCAUACAGGACCAAACAAAUUUUCUUAAUAACAAAACUGCACAGAUAGAGCUGUUAAAAGCAAAGAUAGAUUUUCCAUUAGUGGCUUUCAAUGCACACAGCCCACGUGACUAUAGCCCUGAUACAAACCAGAUAUAUAUCUGGUCAAGCACACUAGUGAAUGAGGGUAACGCGUACGACACUAACACGGGUAUCUUCAAGGCACCAGUUUCCGGUCUCUACUAUUUUGCCGUUCAUACAUGCAACUACGCAGGCGCAACUAACAUAUAUGCUAUAGUGAAGGAGGAAAAGGACAUUGCUACAUCAUAUCAGCAUGAUAACGCUGUCAAUGACUGUACAUCUAUGAACUCUAUCACCAAUGUUACAGCUGGAGAAAGAGUGUGGGUAAGAUGUACUAGCGGAAGUACCAGUAAUCAACUGUGGGAGAGUAGCGGCAGAAGCUCCUUUAUUGGUGCUCUUAUUCGUAAAUAAAGUUUGAAAGAUUGUUCUGCAACAGGCUCUUCAUUCAUUCUAUUUGUGUUAUGUUUAUGUCUUAUUUUAAUUAAGUCUUGUUUGUCUGAUUUUAUCCUGUUUUUUGUCAUAGUAACAAAGAAAUGCAUAUAUGUUGUCAAGCUCGUCUGUAUAUAUAAUUCCUUCUAUACGAACAGAUAAUGUUUAAAUAUUUCAAUUAAUCAUUAUGGUGUUGGUUAGGUAGAGGAACUUACAAAGUUAUCAAAUACUAUGGAAAACAGACAUUUUAUUAUGGACAUAUGACAUGUUUUAGUAAAACCCGAUUUUAAGAAAA